AUGAACCAAGGAGAAAGGGGAGAAGAAACAAAUAGAGAGGAGUGGAUGAGUAAGCUAACAGACAUGCGAUUUCAGAGGGCCGAUAUGAAUCGUUUGAUUAUGGAUUACCUCGUAACAGAGGGGUUUAAAGAAGCUGCUGAAAAAUUCAAAAUGGAAUCUGGUACACAACCUUGUGUUCCUCUUGACAAUCUAGAUGAAAGGAUCAAAAUAAGAGCUGCUGUUCAACGCGGAGAUAUAGAAGAAGCCAUCGCCUUAACGAACAAGCUAAACCCUGAAAUUUUGGACUGUAAGCCUCACCUAUACUUCCAUUUGCAACAACAACGACUAAUCGAGUUAAUUCGUGAAAAAGAUAUUGAAUCAGCCGUUGACUUCGCACAGAACCAGCUCGCUGAACAGGGUAAUGAAUCGCCAGAGUUUCUAGAGGAGUUAGAACGUACAAUGGCUCUUCUAGCGUUUGAUAACCCUGAGGAUUCUCCCUUUGGGGAGCUGCUUUGCCCUUCUCAAAGGCAAAAAGUUGCCAGUGAAUUGAAUGCUGCUAUCCUAGAAGCUGAACACAGAGAAACAUCUCCUAAACUCUCUAAUUUACUUAAGUUGUUAUUGUGGGCACAAACAGAACUGGAUACAAAGAAAGCAAAGUUCCCCAAAAUGGUAGAUGUAGCUAGUGGAACAUUUGUUUAA